CGCUUCGCCAACCAACCAUCAACGAUCCCCUGGAGAACUUCUGCCUCACUUUUGCGCUGCUAAAACUCGCGAUGCCCGGCGAACCAGCGAAGCGCCAGAAGCGCGAAGAAUACAAGAAAGCACUCACCAGCGACGAACAGAAUGCGGCGCUGCCUAAGAAGAAAUUCUACAGGCAGCGCGCCCACGCCAAUCCGUUUUCGGACCAUGCUUUGACAUAUCCCAAGAGCCCGGCCGACAUGGGCUGGGCGAGUCUCUACCCUGCGUAUGCGGUUAAGAACGGAGAGGAAGGGAAGGCAGAGAAUGAAUCACAUGAUCAGACAGAGGAAGAGCAGAGGAGAGCAAAGGCUAUCAUGAAGAACGUCGAGAUUGCAGAUAUCGGAUGUGGUUUUGGGGGAUUGCUGUUUGCACUCGCGCCCAAGUUUCCCGAUACCCUGAUGCUUGGCAUGGAAAUCCGCAUAUCUGUCACAGAAUACGUCGUCGACAAAAUCCGCGCCCUCCGCACCCAGCACGCCUCGACCUCCGCCUACCAAAACAUCUCCUGCCUGCGCGCCAACACCAUGAAAUUCCUGCCCAACUUCUUCUCCAAACACCAGCUCUCCAAGAUCUUCCUCUGCUUCCCGGACCCGCACUUCAAGCAGCGCAAGCACAAGGCGCGUAUAGUCUCCUACACGCUCAACUCGGAGUAUGCGUUUGUGCUCCGCCCCGGUGGGAUUGUGUAUACGAUUACGGAUGUGCAGGAUCUGCAUGAGUGGAUGGUGGAGCACUUUGAGAGGCAUCCGAGUUUCGAGAGGGUUGGGGAGGAGGAGCAGGAGGCGGAUGAGUGUGUGAGGGUUAUGAAGAGCGAGACAGAGGAGGGGAAGAAGGUGGAGAGGAAUGGGGGGACGAAGUUUGUCGCGCUUUAUCGGAGGGUGGAGGAUCCGCCGUGGCCAUGAUGGGUUGACGGCGAUGUAGGAGGAGCUUCUUCUGCUGGGGGCUUGGCUCGAGUGAGAGCUGUGACUAGUCAUGCUGUCAUGAGACAUGAAUGGAUCAUGGGAAAUAACUCAGAAUGGCUUCUUCUGAAGCUAGGUAUC